UCCCCCUGGGGCAGCUGGGCUUUUGCCUCCCUGCAGGGCCCCACGUGUGCUAACUGGCGAGAAAGACAGAGGCCAGGCAGUGGUUGGAAGAUCCCGUCCCAGGGUUGACCGCCUGGGUGUUCUUCAGAGACGCGGGGCAGUAGUCACGCCCCCCCACCCCCAUUCUGCCUGCUCCACACCAUCUGCUUGUUUCCCACGUGCAAAGCAGAAAAGGGCGAGGACAGAGCUGCCUCAGGGUGACGUUGCUAAAUGGGCAUUUCUUUUUUUUAAAUGAAAUCCACUCAGGUUUUUUUAAAAGAUUUAUUUUAUUUGAAAAGCAGAGAGAGGUAUCUUCCACCCGCUGGUUCACUCCCCAAAUGGCUGCAAUGGCUGUGGCUCGGCCAGGCCAAAGCCAGGAACCAGGAGCUUCUUCCUGGUCUCCCAUGUGCAUGCAGGGGCCCUAGGGCUUGGGCCAUUUUCUGCUGCUUUCCCAGGUGCAUUAGAAGGGAGCUGGAUCAGAAGUGGAGCAGCUGGGACUUGAACCAGUGCCCACAUGGGAUGCUGACACUGCAGGGGGAGGCUUAGCCUUCUACACCACAGUGCCGGCCCUGAAUGGGAGUUUCUGAAAUGGGAGUUGUGCUGUGAAAUCCUCAUUUUGAUGACGGAGAAUAUUUUUUUUGAAAGAACGCUUAGUCGUGCUCAUUCUGUACUGCCGGUAGCUGUGGAUGGGCAGUGGAAGAGGUUCUGUGGUUCUGUCCCCACUUUAAGAUCUCUGGCAUGUCACCUGGUCCCACUCAGCACCUGUCCUCACCUCAGGUCACCCGGUCCCACUCAGCGCCUGUCCUCACCUCAGGUCACCAGGUCUCACUCAGCACCUGUCCUCACCUCAGGUCACCCGGUCCCACUCAGCGCCUGUCCUCACCUCAGGUCACCGGGUCUCACUCGGCGCCUGUCCUUACCUCAGGUCACUCGGUCUCACUCACCGCCUGUCCUCACCUCAGGUCACCGGGUCCCACUCGGCGCCUGUCCUUACCUCAGGUCACCGGAUCUCACUCAGCGCCUGUCCUUACCUCAGGUCACCGGGUCUCACUCGGCACCUGUCCUCACCUCAGGUCACUUGGUCUCACUCGGCGCCUGUCCUCACCUCAGGUCGCCCGGUCCCACUCGGCGCCUGUCCUCACCUCAGGUCGCCCGGUCCCACUCGGCGCCUGUCCUUACCUCAGUUCACUUGGUCUCACUCGGUGCCUGUCCUUACCUCAGGUCGCCCGGUCCCACUCGGCGCCUGUCCUUACCUCAGGUCACUUGGUCUCACUCGGCGCCUGUCCUUACCUCAGGUCGCCCGGUCCCACUCGGCGCCUGUCCUUACCUCAGGUCACUUGGUCUCACUCGGCGCCUGUCCUUACCUCAGGUCGCCCGGUCCCACUCGGCGCCUGUCCUCACCUCAGGUCACUUGGUCCCACUCGGCGCCUGUCCUUACCUCAGGUCACCCGGUCCCACUCAGUGCCUGUCCUUACCUCAGGUCACCCGGUCCCACUCAGUGCCUGUCCUUACCUCAGGUCACCGGGUCUCACUCAGUGCCUGUCCUUACCUCAGGUCACCGGGUCUCACUCAGUGCCCGUCCUUACCUGUGUGUGUCUGUGAAUGGGGGUGGGUGGGGGGACGGGGAGGAUGAACUAAGUAAUUGCUAAUUUUCUUCUAGCUCAAAUUUUAUGUGAUUUCUGAUAAAUAAAGUGUUUUUAAAGGUAUUUAGUGUAAUCUCUUAAAAUGUGCAUCAAUUAAUUGAAAUUUGGUUCUAAUUUAUUUCUGUGAGAACAUAUUUUGAGGAUUUUUAAAGAGACAGAUAUAAGAUGUACAAAGUGGAUUACUCUGGGCACUACUCACCAAGGGAGGGUUACUUGUUAAAUUUUAUUUAUGUAUAUUGUGUGAACUUGGAGCGAUCAUUUAUCAACUGUUAACCAGUUAUUCCCCCAUCCCCUCU